AUGUGUGAUUCUGUUGAUGGGUAUUUCCUAGAAGAGGUUGAUCAGAGUGCUACGGGAGGAAGUAGUAAUAGUUUAUAUGUUGAAAAAGAGGUGGUGGAGGAGUUUUGGAGGAUUUUGGAGUGGGAGGAUGAGAAGGAGAGGAAAUUGAGGAAGGAGAAGGAAGGGAAGGUUGGUAAGGUUGUUAAGGGGGUUGUGAAGGGGGUUAAGGAGGUUGUAGGUAGUGUCAGUCCGGGGAAGAGGAGGAAGGAGAAGGAGAAGGAGAAGGAGAAGGAAGAAGAGAAGGGGAGGAAGAGGGUUUUGAGGUGGGUUCCUAGGUGGAGGAGGUUGGAGGGGUGUUGUGCUGGGUGUGCUGGUGUUGGGGAGGAAGGGGAGGAAGGGGAGGAAGGGGGGUUGAGGUGGAGGGUUGUGUAA